GGAGAGAGGGAGAGAGAGGGAGUGUCUGACAGAAGACAGGAGGAGAGAGGGAGAGUCUGAUAGAAGACAGGAGGAGAGAGGGAGAGAGAGAGCGUCUGAUAGAAGACAGGAGGAGAGAGGGAGAGAGGGAGAGAGGCAGUUCCACAGGCAGAUGAUAGAAGCGGAUUGUCGGUCCUCUUGCGCUGUAGUCGGUCCUGUCUACCGGGAGCUGCUCGAGCGUUUCCUGAUUUUUUUCCGCUCUAACCACCGCCAAUUCCCCGUUAGAGCUCGAGGCCUCCACUUGUACCGUUUUCGUUAGUUUUGGGAAAGGAAAGGGGGGUGUAAAUCGCGUGUUGUCUGUCUGGGAACAUCGGCUAAACCCAGGGCUACAGCUCAUCUGGGUCAGAACCUCACGACCAGAAGCACCAGGUCUCCGGUAAAACGAUGGAGGACCUGGACCUUCCCCAGAUGAAGAGAGAGGUGGACAGUCUUCAUUACCAGCUGGCCAUCAACAGAGAGAAAUCCUCCAUCACUGUUACUGAGCUGGUGAAAUGGAUCGAGGGGUGUGUGUGUGACGACCCGUUCCUGAACCCAGAGCUGAUGAGGGCCAACCCCUGGGUGGAGAAAGGCAAAUGUGUGAUCCUCUAACGGACGCACACACACAACACUGAGACACACACACACACACACACACACACACACACACACACACACACACACACACACACACACACACACACACACACACACACACACACACACACACACACACACACACACACACACACACACACACACACACACACACACACACACACACACACACACCAAGUUAUCCCGUCCUAUUUAUUUGUACAUCCAUGUCUAUGGUUUUAGUUGAAAGUAGUCCCCUUCCCUUCCUGUGAGCAGAAUGUCCUGCAUUGAAAGUAGUCCCCUUCCUUCCUGUGAGCAGAAUGUCCUACAUUGAAAGUAGUCCCCUUCCUUCCUAUGAGCAGCAUGUCCUGCAUUGAAAGUAGUCCCCUUCCUUCCUGUGAGCAGCAUGUCCUGCAUUGAAAGUAGUCCCCUUCCUUCCUGUGAGCAGCAUGUCCUGCAUUGAAAGUAGUCCCCUUCCUUCCUGUGAGCAGCAUGUCCUGCAUUGAAAGUAGUCCCCUUCCUUUCUGUGAGCAGAAUGUCCUGCAUUGAAAAUAGCUCCCUUCCUUUGUUAAAAGAACCAGAUAGAAGUUUGUUGUUAACUAAAAUCACACUUUUUAUUGGCUUUUUACCCCACUGUCAAUCAGAAUGCAAAUGUUUUUAUUGGCUGUUUCCACUGUCAAUCAAACAUAAUAAAGAGGUGGUUUGACA